UAGGUACAGUACCGGACAUAAAUGCUGUGUGAUUUUCUAUAAGACGGUAUAGGGAAAUCACAUGUAUAACCUUUAAAAAAUUAAACAGCAUUUAUGUUCGGUACUAUAAGACAGUAUUUAUGGCAAAUACUACAUAAUAAUAUUUACGUAUAAAUUUAAAGAGGUUAUUAUUUACAUUAUGAACGACAAUGAAGGUUUUACUUACCGUUCUACUUCUAAUUUAACUACUAUUUGGGCAUUAAUUGCUUCAGUAGGAUGGUAUCUUCUAGCUAUUGCUAUAGCACUUUUUUGUGCUUCACCAUAUUUAGGAGAAAAGUAUCAAAGUUGGAAACAAAAAAAAGAUGAAGAAGAAUAUAAAAUAAAAUAUCAUAAAAACCCCGACUUAUUCGAAGAAAGAUCAAGAGCAAUAGAAGCAGCAAGGCAGAAAUUACAAGAAAAAUAUAACGAAGAGGCCAGAAAAGCUCAAGAAAAAGAAGAAGAAAGGAAACGUUUGAAAAAACAACAAUUAUUAAACUUGAAAAAAGAUGGAGGUCAAAGAUUAGGCACAGCAGAUGAUGCUUCCACAUCUAAAUCAUCGAAACUUUAUGAUGAAUAUAAUCCAUUGAUGGGAGAUUCUAGUCGUGGAUAUAAACCACCAAAAAGAAGUUGCUGCGGAAAAGGAUGUAAAUAAUUCAACUAAUCAUCAUCAUAAAAUGUAAAAUUUAUCUGUCAAUUUAUAAAAAAAUAUCUGACUAAUAUAA